AUGAGGGUGGGGAGCAGGUCGUCGUUGCCUUUUCUCUGUGAAGGGCAAUAUACUACACUACGAGACUAUGUUCAAGAACUUCACACUCGAAACCCAGGGACAACAGUUAAGAUAGAGGUCGAAAAUGAGCCAAACCCAACUUUUGAGACUAGAACUUUCAAACGGAUCUACAUCUGUCUAGGGCCAUUAAAGAAAUUUUUUCUAGCUGGUAAAAGAGAUUACAUUGGUUUGGAUGGGACUUUUAUGAAAGAGCCUUAUCCUGGAAUGAUACUCACAAUAGUGGGCUUGUUGCAAGCAAUUGGUACAUUGUAUCCAUGUGCAGAACAAAAGUUUUGUCUGCAACACAUUCAUGAAAACAUGAAGAAAAUAUGGAGGGGAAAGGUGUUUCAGGACAUGUUGUGGAACUGUGCAAGUACAACAACAAUACAAGAAUUCAACCAUGCUAUGGAAGAGUUAAGAAAGCUAAACAAUGACUGCUAUGAAUGCAUUAAAGCUAUUCCACCUCAACAUUGGUCUAGGGCACACUUCGCAGGGAGAGCUCAUUGUGAUGGGCUUCUGAAUAACUUGUGUGAGACCAUAAAUAAUCAAAUUAAGAAAGCACAUGACCAACCAAUUAUCACUUGCCUUGAGUACAUUAGAGAGUACCUUAUGUUAAGGAUUGUGAGUGUCCAAAAGGUAAUUGAUAAGGUUGUUGGACCAUUAACUCCAACUGCAACAAGUGUGCUUGAAAGAAACAAAUAUGAUGCAGCUCAAUGUGUGGGUAAGUUAUGUGGGAAUGGAAAAUAUCAGGUGAGUGGUCCAUGGAUGGACCAAUGUGUGGUAGACAUGGUUCAACAUACAUGUUCUUGUAGAAUAUGGGAACUCACUGGUAUACCCUGUAAACAUGCCCUUGUUGCUAUAUGGGACAUGAGAAAAAAUAAGCAGAAUGUUGGCGUACCUGAAGAAUGGGUUCAUUCUACGAACUGGUUAAAAACUUGGAAGGAAAUGUAUUCUUUCAAGAUUGAACCAAUGAAUGGAAGAAGAAUUUGGGAAAAAGUUUCCAUGUCCAACCACUUUGCUCCCUCCCAAUCAUCAUGUCCCCAUCAGAAGACCAAGGAAGAAAAGAAGGAAGUCAACUAUUGA